GUACUGGGCAGUGACUAAUAUCGACUAUAUACACCAACGUACAGGCAAAAGAAUCGGCCUGAUGAUUCUGGUCAUCUGGUGCGUCUCCUUCCUCGUGUGUAUUGCCCCACUUCUGGGCUGGAAGGACCCCGGAUGGGAACAUCGUGUGUCUCAGGAACGCAUGUGUCUAGUAUCACAGGACAUAGGCUACCAGAUAUUCGCAACGCUAGCCUCGUUCUAUCUGCCCCUGCUUGUCAUACUCUUCCUGUAUUGGCGGAUCUUCCAGACAGCACGCAAGCGAAUCAGACGGCGAGUCACUGUGGCGACUCCACCCACUUCGGCAAAAGGGGGUGGAGCAAAGGGCGGGCCUCAGCCUAGAGGCGGGGUUAUUGCCGGUCUCUGCGCUGCAGGAGCGGCAGGCGGUAGUGGUGGUAUAGCAGCAGCUGUAGUCGGCGUAAUCGGCCGCCCUCUCCCCACCAUCUCUGAAGCAACCACAACAACAACCACAACAACAGCCUUCACCAACGUGAGCUCGGCCAACACCUCCCCGGAGAAGGGCAGCUUUGGCAAUGGUCUCGAAGCAGACCCGCCCACCUGCGAUCCAAUGAGUUCUAUUGGUCCCACCGCCGGCGCCAAUUACAGCCAACCGCCGCCCCUCAAGCAGCGCAAGCAGCCCAAAGAGAGCGCCGAGACCAAGCGCGAGCGGAAGGCAGCCAAGACCCUAGCCAUCAUCACGGGAGCAUUCGUGAUUUGCUGGUUGCCAUUUUUUAUUAUGGCCAUUCUGCUACCUGGAGACAGUGGGAUGUUCCAUCAGUACGUGAUUGCCUUCUUCCUAUGGCUGGGUUAUUUCAAUAGCACUCUGAACCCGAUCAUCUAUACUGUGUUCAGUCCCGAAUUCAGGCAUGCCUUCAAGCGACUGCUGUGUGGCAGACGGGCUUCUGUGCGCAGACGCGGCGCGCAUCACAAUUUUCCGCGCUGAUACUGUAUCAUACAGGGAUGAUACUGUAUCAUAUGGAAUGGUACUGUAUCAAAAACAAUUAUACAGUAUCAUAAGCUGGAGUGAUAUAGUAUCAUACACUGGGAUGAUAUGAUAUAUUGUAUACUGGAAUGAUACAGUACAAUACUCUGGGAUGAUACUGUAUCAAAAACAAUGAUACCGUAUCAUAUGGAAUGAUACUGUAUCUGUGAGAGAAGUUGUGUGUAUUUUGCGUUCAAAAUUUUAUAAAAUAACUUGAUUAAUU